GCAUUCACUUCAAAUCGCACAGUCUCUCUUUGAGCUCUGAUCUUAUUUUUGCAAAAUGAAAUAUUCAAUCGUUUCCGUAUUCGCUUUAAUCAAUGUAUUUUGUGAAGGGCGUGAUUUCGAGUGUGGUUACUUUCAGGAUGGAAUUGAAUCGAUUGGAUAUCAUUGUGCAUCUUUCGAUGAAGAAUUACCCGUGGAUUGUUCGUCGAACUUUUUUUACCUACUAAAUGACUCAAAUAAAUCAAAAGUAACCCAUUUAAAAGUGAACGGAUGUGAUUGUGUCAGUGUCAAAAAAGUUGCCGAAAAUUUUCCUAAUUUAAAAUCAUUGGACAUUUCACAUUCGAAGAUUGAGUCAGUGGAACUAUUUAACAUGAAACAUUUAGUGAAAAUAAAUGCCGCGCAUAAUCGAUUGACCGAAAUUCCAAGCCACUUCUUUUCGAAGCUACCCAACAUAACUGAAUUGGAUCUAUCGCACAACCGUCUGACUAAAAUCGAUAAAUUGCCCACGAACUUGGUGAACAUUGAUUUGUCUCACAACCACAUUAAAAAUUUAUUCACCCGGACCUAUGAAGAUCUCUUAAAUUUGGAGCAUUUGGACUUGAGUCACAAUUCAAUACGUAGUGUUGAUUUUUUUUCAUUUGCCGAAAACAAAAAACUAAAAGUGUUGCAAUUGAGGAACAACGAAAUAGCCGAUUUUGACAGCACACUUGCGCGAUUGGUGCAAAGAGGAGUAUCGGUGUAUAUAUCAUGGGAUCACAUCAGUACGUUCAGUUUAUCGGAGUACAGAGGAGAUAAAAUACGCGUCAUUUUGAAGAACAACGAAAAAGAAGGUAUCAUCCAUAAGAAACCUAGUGGAAAGGUCGUGUUAUAUUGCAAUGCGAUGAGUUUUAAACAUAUCAUCACAGUUGACAUCGAGGGUCAUAAUAUUGAAAAUCCAACCGAAAUGCUGCAAUGCUUUCCACCAUCAAUCGCCACUAUGCGCAUAUCAGGAACCUUUGCGGAGAAACUGGAUUUUAGUCUUCUACAGAGAUUUAGCGUACUGACGUCAUUGUCCAUAAAGGGUACGCAGUUGAGAAACUUCGAUUUUGCCACGUUAAAAAAUUGCACAAAGUUACAAGUACUCGAAAUGAUCAACACCAACUUGGACCGAAUUUCGAACGUUGCAGUUUUCGACAAUUUCAAAGAUUUGCACCGCUUGAACCUCGAAGGAAACCAAAUAUUGAAUAUACCGCAAUUAAUCCCCCAUUUGAGCUCAAAUAUUUGGGAUUUAAAUUUGAACGGAAAUUUUGUUGGAAAAUUAAAUGCGUCGACGUUUGAGAGGCUUGCCAAUAUCCAAAGUCUAUUCUUGCGAAAGACUCACCUUUCUUUUGACGACUUGAAGCCCUUCGAGCCAUUUGACGAACUCAAGGACCUGGAUAUUUCCCAUAAUAAUUUGGAAAGAACAGAUUUUACCGCAUCAUCAACAGCUUUAGAGAAGUUGACUUCAUUCUGGGCCGCUCGUUGUAAAAUCGCCAAAAUGGCAGAGUUAUUGAAAAUGCUGACCAAUUCAUUUUUCUGGAUAAUCGACAUAUCAGAAAAUACUGUGGGCCAAUUAGAUGAUGGUAAAUUUGGACAUUUCGAAAGAAUAUUCCAACUAAAUGCAAGCAAAACAAGCCUAUCGCAGGUUGAUAUCGAUUUAAUGAACCAAUUUAGAGUUCAAAUUCUCGACCUCUCUCAUAAUAACUUGAAAACAAUGAACUUUUCCUCUGGAUUCAGCGAUAUACAUCAACUUUUUGUACAAGAAAAUGAAUUGACGGAAAUGAACGGCCUUCUACAAACCGAUAUUCCGUGGAUUUGGGGACUAAAUAUCUCGAGAAAUCAGUUUUCAUGCGAUUAUUUGAAGACGUUUAUACCACGGCUUGAGAAUAAAUUCACCACAUUCAAAAUGUUCGGCGAUCCAUUGGUACAGAAACACACAAACUGUCAUCCUCAAGCAAAAGUUGGCUAUUUUGAAUCCUUUUGGAUGAGAAUACGUAAUAUUUUUUAGAUUUGAAAUAUAAAAAUGAAUGAAUAUCGUGAAUUUCUUAUACAAUAACACAAAUAAGGUCUUUUUUGGACGAAUAAAGUAAAUUGUUUCAUCUUGUA